AUGACGAAUACCUGUCCAGUGUCAGGUGGGCUAUUCUAUCAUGCUUUUCUAUCAUAUAUUUACUACUAUAAAAAAGUUUGUUUUUUCAUAUGCAGCCUGUGUGACAGCUGCACUGGCCAGAGUUAUCAGCUCCCUGUGCUGGACUCAGUGUUUGUUCGCUCUCACUGGAGAAGGACUGGACUCGCUUUACGGAUGCUGGAGGAUUUCUGCUCGUCUCAACCCUCUGAGGCGAUUCUGGGAAUUAGCUUUCCUAUGUCUCCUGGCAUGUAUGGAGUUUGCAAUAAGUUUCUUGAGAUCCACGAAGAAGAAAGAGACCGUCUCUAUGAGGUGGAAGCCCCGGGUGGAUGGGCUCAGAGACGCAAUGUGUGGUUAAAUAUCCAGCUGCGGGACUUUCCAAAGCACUGUGGAAACUCAGAGCAGAGUCCACAAUGCUCAUAUAGUCACGAAAGAAGUGAAGCUAAUUUAGAGGAAGAGGGGAUUCUGCUACAAUGUGAAUCAUCAGUCAGUCUCAAAGACACAUCAAGCUCAGGAAAGAAGCGACCUGCGGAUCAGACCAACACAGGGACUAACCUUAAAAAAGCCAGGACUUAA